GAGGCGCCUCCUGGAGUCAAAGCAGAGUCGAGAAAGUCUUCAGACGAGUCCAUUAUCCAUGACUCUCGUAGGGAAUUCCCCUAGAGAAGAGGAAUCCUCGUUUGGAGACUGGCCAGGCAUCUGAAGUCUGCUUUGGAUUCUGAAGACUUGUUUGAGGCCGGAGAUUCCAUCUUCCGGGAUGUGGCAGAUUCUAAAGAUAGGCCAAGUGCCGGGUAGUUGGAACUUUACGAAUCAAAAUGAUUUCAUUUAUUAAUUCAUUGUGUUCUAAUGUGUUUGGACUAGUUGCUAGCUACAUGCCAGCUCCUAGGAGUAUUGUUGAGGAAGUUGCUUCCUAUUAUACUGUUAUACCUGGAACGGAUUUCGACGUUGGCAUCGUCUUGACAAAAGUGCCAAAGGAGAACCCGGUAUUUGAUCUUGGAUUGGCCACAGGAGUCACCGCAGCGAUUGUUUCUUGUUGCGUUGCGGCGGCUUCUGUUGGAUUAUUUGCUUACAAGAAAUACGGAGACCUCAAGAAACUUUACGAUAGAACCGAAUGCGACCUAGGCAAACAAAAGGAUGACGCGGAGGCCGAAAAUAGGAAGUUAAAUGAUAUGCUAGAUGAAAAGGACAGGAUGCUACAAGAACUCUCAGAUCAAUACGAAGAGGAGUUCCGAAAAAUGGCCGAUACGAUAAAUGAAUUGGAAAUCGAAAACCAGAACAUGGACGACGAACUUGAAAGUGCUCUCCGUCUUGAGAAGGAGGCGGAGGCUUUGCUGGAAGACGGCAUAGCACGAGAGCUUGAGAUGGAAGAAUUGCUCCUGCUGAAAGAUCGCCAAAUAGACGAUUUAUUAAGCGAAGGAAGAAGAUUGAAGUUCGAACGCCAACAAUUGACCAAGAUGAUUGAAAAAGAUCAUAUGCAGAAGAAAUCACUGUUGGCAGAACUGAAAGAGGCACAGAUGGAGAUGGAACAUUGCAUCAAUAUCAUAGAGGAAAGAGAAAACAAUCUUAGAGUUUACUAUGAAGGAGAAAUCCAGAAGAAGGAUGAGAUGAUUGAAAGCCUUCAUGAGAAACUCGAGGUUGCUCUCCAGCGCGAAAAGGAAAUGGAGAGCUUGUUAGUUGAAGCGAAAGGAAACGAAAGAAAGGUCAUCCUUUUCCGGGAACAGCUGGAGAACAGGAAUGAUGAAUUAAAAGAGGAGGUCCUUUCUCUAAAAAAGAGGGAAAGUGAACAUCAGCAGGACCUUCAAAAACUCAGAGAAGAAUGUAAAAUGUGGGAAGAUAAAUGCAAAAUACAAGAAGAAGACAGACUCAAGGAACAGAAACGUGCCAGAGAACAGCAGAGAAUGAAAGAAGAAACUUUAAGGAAUGAAGAUAAAUAUAUGCUGAUGGAACUUCUGCAUGGAAUUGCUGAGAGGAAUUUCCAUCUGGAACACAUUGCACUCGAGCAUGGAAAUGAGCAUCAACAAAACAUUACUGAAGAGGAGCAGGGGAAAGAAAAGGACAAAGACCUGCUUGAUUACAUGCUGAAUAGAAAAGCGGAGCAAUAUCAGAGGGCCCAGCAAGAGAGGACCAAUUAUUACUCAAGGCAGUGGGGCGAUUUAACCCAGAUGUUGCAAGAUCUAGAUAUAUGUGGAGUUGAAAAUCUGUCAGAACUGAGGAAUGCAACAUCUGGUCAGAACUCUGAAAAUUUGGGAGGAACGUUGCAGAAAGAAUUUGACGAAGUAUCCAGACAGCUGCACGAGGCGACAGAUAAGCUUCAAGAGGCUGAAGAGAAGGCGCAGGAGGUAGAGGCCAAGCUCAGAGAGGCAGAGCAUAGGCUGAUUCAAAAAGAAACACUUGAUCGUCGAGCAGCGCUCAAAUCUGAGGCAGACCGAUGUGUUGCUGAUCAAGAUUUCGAUUCUGCUCUUGCUCUCCUGAGAAUUAUUGUAAAGCAGUAUGGCAACGAGUUAGAGUGUCGUGUCAAGGAAGUAAGAUGCUUGUUGGCACUAGCCAGGACGGAGGAGGCCCAGGAAGUGCUCGAUGAACUUCCCAAAGAGUUCAAGGAGACUCAUGUUAUGAAAAUAGAGUCAGCUUUGCUCAGUGCAUGCAAUUUGGAGUUCUGUAAGUCCAGAAUGCUUUUGUCGGAGGUGCUGGAAGUAUGCCCAAAUCACCCAAGGGCAUUGAUAGCACAAAGAUUUGUACAGCAAAGGAUGCUCUGGGAAGCUCUUCCGGGAAUUGUUGAUGCCAAGGACUUUGAAACUGCCCUGGAAAAUAUUGCUUUGGCCACGUCUCUUGGAUGUCUCUAUCCUUGGGUGUCCGUCGACUUGGCCAGAAUUAAAGGGAAUAUUUUAUGCAGUCUUGGAAGGUUGAUGGAGGCAUGCGAAUGUUUCCUCAGUGUUCUUGCCGUGGAUGAGGACGAGGAAGACUGCAGGUUACGACUUGGCUUGUGCUUCUUAUUACUAGGGAGACACAGAGAUGCCAUUUCUGAAUUUACAAGACUAGAAGAAGAGGCUGAAAAGGGAGAAUACUUAAUAUCGCUUGCUGAAGACCUGGAGAGAAUGCAACCAUAUGGUUGCCCCUACAAAGUUCUAGGUGUUGAAACACAUGUUGGUCAGGAUGAAAUAAGAAAGGCCUACAGGAGGAGUGCCCUAAAAUACCACCCUGAUAAGCACAAAGAUGAUGACAAAGACUGUGCACAUUCAAUGAUGCUUCAAAUUAAUUAUGCAAAUGAUUUAUUAAGUAAUAAAAAGAAGAAGAAUAAAUAUGAUAACACCAGGCAAGCUGCUGAAGAGUAUGCAGCUGAAGUAUUUGGGAAUGCUAACCUACCAGAAUGGUUAGAUGAUGAAGAGGAUGACGAAUCAGAAAGUGAUUCGGACUGUGAAUAUAAUUCUGAUUCUGAUGAAGAAUCUGAAUCUAAUGACGAAUCUGAAUCUGAUUCAGAGGAUGAUUCUGAAUCUGAUUCAGAGGAUGAUUCUGAUGUUGAAUUAAUGGAAUGUUCCCAUAGUGAUUAUCUAGAUAAUUACAAGGAUGAUGAGGACGAUGAAGAUGAAGAAUUAGAGGAUGAGGAGGACGAUGGAGACGAAGAAUUGGAGGAUGAGGAGGACGAUGGAGACGAAGAAUUGGAGGAUGAGGAGGAUGAUGAUGAAGAACUGGAUGAGGAGGUUAAUGAUGAUGACACUUGGGAAGAUAUUUCUAGCGAGGAAUAUCUUGAAGAAUCAGAUGAGGAUUUUGAUGCUAUGUCUGAUGAAGAAUCAAAAGAUGAAUGUGAUAAUGAUUCAGUUGUGGAGUCUGAUGAUGACUCCGAUGAUGAAUCUAAUGAAGGAGCCUAA